UUGUUGACGUCUAUUUUCAAAUAUUCUUAUCAAUAUAUUAUACACCGAGUUUAUUUCAAAAACUCAAUCAAAGCUCCUCGAAUAGAGAACUUGGAAAGACCACGAACAGGAAGGAGUAUCAUCAUAAUUGCGGAUGCAAGAGCCAAGCAGAGCCUUGCCGUAUAUCCUCAACCUAAGCACUAGAGCCUGCUGCUGCUAUGCAGGAUGGGGUGCAGAUGAUUGGAUGGAGGCAAUGAUGCAUGUGAAAACUAGAAUGUCGGUGCCAAAACCUGAUUAUCAAAGCCUGGAUAACGAGACCUAGAGCCUUGUCGUAACGCGCAUCAUGUAGCAUUGACUGACAACCCCGGAUCAGGCUGAGCCGUAUAGGACGUUCUACUAUAUUCGUAGGGUAAAAGACACCAAUAUGGAUAUCCAACAGCAUGAUACGGUAGGUAUAUGCAUCCGAAUCUACUCUGUUAUAUAAAGAUUAGUAUCUCUUCGUUCCCCCCCUUAUCCUUAGAAGAAAUUCAGUUCAAUUCUUCUAGACGAAAUAUCAACAGCUAUCUCAUACGCAUACUUUUCGUCUCUCAACAUGGCUACCAAGACACGCAAGGUUCCCCAAACAGAUUGGUACCAUCAUAAAGAGACAAUCCUGAACCUAUUUCUGACUUCUGAUCUCUCCGUUGAUCAAUUAGUCCAUACAAUGAAUAGGGAUCAUGGGUUCUCUGCCACUGUCUCUCAAUAUGAGGCUCAAUUCAGAGUCUGGAACGCUCGCAAGAACUUGAAAGUCCACGAAUGGGAGGCGAUAUUCGAAAUAAUCGACCGCCUUUCAUCUCAAGAUAUACAAUCAAGAGUUGUCAUUUCAGGCCACCCCGUAUCAAUGAAUAGGGUUCUCCGGGCAAGACGCCGCUGUGAAAGAGAAACUCGCCUUGGAAAACAUCGCAGAGUGGAAACGGACCUAUCUGACGUAUCAGAUGGCCACAAGACCAGUGAUGCUUUUAUCGAAGUUCAAAAUUCAAGCGGUGAAUGGCGUCAAUAUACAAGUUCAACGCACCAGAGCAGCCCUGGUGGGGCAGUUGAGUUGGUCAUCCAGGAGUUGAUCGUCGACAACGAGGUCAAUCGAGCUAGGUUUGCAUACGAUAAUCCCCAGAACUUGCCGAGUGAUUCUUCCAAUCGGUUGACAUCUAAUGAGGGCGAGAAUUCCGCAAAUCCCGCGGGUCCUUCAAUUGAUGGUCCCGAACCUCAGGUCACGCAGGCCUUAAUUCAGUACGAAUUCAAUGAAGAUAUCAUAUCUCCAGGUGUCGAGAUGGCAACCUCUCCCUUGCGGCUAGAUUCCCUAGGCCAGUUUUCUCUCGGGACACUAUGCAUAAACGACUUGCCGUUUGAGCGGUUUGAACAAGACUUGGCAUUAGGACGCCUUGUUCUGGCUUUACACCCGUCUCCAUGGCAUGACUCCGCGCUAUUGUCCGGAACCCAGACAUUAGUGACAAAAUUUGUCGUUGAAGUUGCUACUGCUAUGUCAGAAACCAACAAGAAAACCCCUGCUCAAAAUGUUAACCAAGCAUGGUUUACGUUGCGAAAGUUACAAUCUAUUCUACCUAGAACUCAACAGGAAUCUAGACAUACCAGCUUGGCUCGGCUGUCGCAUGAUAUGCUCGAGGUUGAACUACAUCGUAUUCUUUUAUUCUCAAUUGCUAAUGGAUUUGUUGGUCUAGAUGAAAUACCUCUCAAACUAGUAUUCAGGUUUCUAGACCAACAUAUCAACGUCAGUUCCCUAUUAUCUCGCUGGUUCCAAGUUAUCCCAAAUCACUUUGCAAGAGGGCUGGCAGAGAAUUUAUUUCGAGCGUCAAUAGAAGCCGGAAAUCACCAUGCCGUUAAAUUCUUUCUACAGAAACGUUUAGUAGAUGUUAACAAUACAUUCUGUUUCCUGAAAGUUAUUCGCGAAUUACUCCGGUUUAAGCCAGAUGUUAACAAGACGUUCCUUGAUCCAUUCAACCAAAAUGAUAUCGACUGGAGGCGAGCUCUAGGAUGUUUGAUUUAUGUACCUAAAUACAUAUGGGGUCCAGAUGGAUGCUUUAUUGAAUACAGGAGCAACCGUAUAUUCCUUCCCGAGUACAUGGAAACCGUGGAUGCUUUAAUAGAUGCUGGAAUAAGGAUAUAUCCUUCCUUCAUCCGCCUCUCCCUUGAGAGGUAUGUUAAAAUGGAUCUUGCUAAGAAGCUUCUAUCUAAAAUUGCGGCAUCUGAUCACUUGGAGGUUAUCUCCAAAGGCAUCCUGUCUAUUAUCAUCAGGCAGCUUCCAGCUGGGGACGCCUUAGAAAUCAUUUCUAAGAUCAUGCCCAGUUACGAGGAAACCAGGUGUAAGUGUCCAAGUUACCAGGAUGAGAUACAUUGGGCAAUCAUUACUGCCGCCAAGCAAGGCAACAUCCAACUUGUUCAACGCCUUUUCCAGCAUGCUAAGUCUUCAACCCAAAUCCUAAGCGCGGCGAUCAGAGGAGGCAACCAAGAACUUAUUGAGUUCAUCCUAGCUCAAAAGCCCGCUAUAUGCCAGACACCUGCCGAACUAAUUAACAAACCAAUCAAUUUGGUGAAACCUCGAUUUUCGGAUUAUACAACACCACUGGCUGAAGCAAUAGACGGAGAGUAUGAGUUACUCGUGAAGAGUCUUGAAAAUGAAGGCGCUCUUGAACACCUUAAUAAUGUGACCUACACCUGUUAUCCUAAUAUACCUUCGCGGCUCGAUACCGCGAUAUGCGCUGCAUCCAGAGUGGGAAACAUCCUGUAUAUCAGAAAACUACUAUCCAUCACUACUGACAUCAACGAUGAAGCCGCCAUCAAUGCGUUGUCAGAGGCAUCCAAAAAUAGACGAGAAGACAUAAUUCGACUUUUACUCGACUCGGGAGUUCGUAUUAAUGUCCGUGGCUCAUCCGAACAUAUUAACCUAAAACCUCCGGAGAUAUUGGAUUUCUUUUGCCAGCAUAACCUCCUGUCUGGCGAUAAUUUAAUAAGAGGCCUGAGCAUAGUAGUCAAACAAUUGGGACUAAAUAUGGCCAAUGCUGGCAUGCUAUUGUAUGCUGCAAGAAAACAGCCAAAUAUGCUACGAACACUUUUGGCAUAUAUUCCAUCUACUCAAGAAGCUACCUUUGGGUUUGGAGCAUCUUGUGUUGUGGAUGUAAUUCGGCGCGGCGAUCUGGAAUCAUUGGAUAUUCUUCUUGCCUGCAAAGCUAUUGAUUUCAAGCAUGUAUUCAACUACGGCAUGACGCCCCUAGCAGCGGCUAUCGAACUCGAGGCAGUAAGCUGUUGUUCCCAAUUUCCGUGUACGGCAAGACUUCUUGACGCAGGUUGUGACCCUAACGAACUUGUCGUAUUCGAUUAUCCCGUUAGCCAUCACAGACCACCCAGAACAACACAAUUUAUUAUAGCAAUUAAUACAGGGAAUAAGAAUCUGGUACAACUUCUUUUAGGUCGUGGCGCUGACGUUAACAAAGGAGCUGCCCAUGGGAUUAAUCAGACCCCAUUGCAGGCUGCGGCAGAAGGCGCAGAUCUUGACAUGACUGAAUUAUUGCUUCAGAAUGGAGCAGAUGUCAAGGGAAAGCCCUCAACAUGUUAUGGUGGUACGGCUCUACAGUUUGCGGCCAUAGGCGGGAACUGCAAUAUUGCAGCACUUCUUAUUGAUCGGGGUGCUAAUGUAUAUGAUCCCCCGUCCACAUUCAAUGGACGAUGGCCUCUGGAGGGCGCCGCCGAAUACGACCGGAUAGAUAUGAUUCAGUUCCUCUGGAACGUCAGUCUUGGUGGCUUUCCUAUUGAGCAAUGUCGUAAGGCAAUAGAACUUGCGGAGAAGAACGGGCAUAGAGCAUGUGGGGAUUUGAUUCGGGAAUUGGCAGCUUCGAGUGGGAUCAUGCUCACACUUGAGAAUUAAGAGUAAGGUCGGGUUGUUUUCCGUACUUCUACGCUUUUACCGUUUACAUGAUAAGAUAAAGGGGGUUUGGGAGUCAUAGGGGUUUUUUGAUUUAGGUAGUUUCUCACGUUGGUAAUUGCUGCUAUCGAAAAGAACAUAACUACCCGAGGAAACUAACGGCUCGUGGUAUAAUGCUGGACAUGAUUUUGAGCAGUACAGACGUUUUUGUUGGAAGAUGGAACUGCUCUUUGGGCCAUAGAAACUUCUUCUCUGGAUAUGAAUUAAUUCAUUUACGUUUCCUAGGCUACUGGUAGAUUGGAUAAGUCCCUUACUCUACGCUCUAGUCUCCUGCCCAGUUAAGUAUAGUUAUAAAUGGAAUGAAAGGUUCAAUCCGUUCUUACUAUAGGUAAAACGCACUUCCUUUUGGUAACUUCACUAGGUCACCAUGGAACCUAUGUUGUCGUAUUUUCACUGUGGUUCCCUCCC